AUGGCCCUCGCCUGCACUGUUUGCAAGAAAACCUCAGCGGAAACAAGCAUCAAACGCUGCGGCAAAUGCACCGACACGCCGUACUGCUCUCGAGAAUGCCAAAAGGCUGAUUGGAAAGUCCAUAAAAAAAUCUGCGGAAAAUCCACCACUCCCCAAUCUCCUCUGUCCGACUCUCCACCGAGCCCUUCACGACCGGUAUUAUCCCCACCCAAAGGUCUCGACAAAGGCAUCCCUGACCCAUUCACGCGCCUCGACAACAAUACCUGGCUGCAUGGCCGCUCGGAAACGGACGUGUACAGACUGCUCCUCGAAGCAUAUCGUCUCAGGACGGAGGAUGACUACACCAUGGAAGGCGAUGUGGACCUUGAUAGUUUGUACGCUGGGAACCCCGAUGGACUCCCUGGCUUUCGGCGGUUUUUGAGCGCUGCUGAACGUCGCGCUGGUCUACUUCCUGAAUGGUGGAACGCGGAAAAGCGAAGGAACUGCGAGAUGUUUGGUAUGGACGAGGAUGUGUGGCAGAACCUCAAGUGCGCUAUUGAGAAGAGCGAUAUUAUCGAACAUUACGGUGAUCCUCAAUUCCCCAUGCAGCUGCGCAUGUUUGCCGAAGCUGCUCUUCAGCGCGGGCCGGGAGGUCAGAGUGGAACGCCCAUGAGAAAGUUGAUGGUUGCUAGGGAGCAGGGAAACUUGGGAGAUAUGAAGAUGUCCACGAUCGACAACACGACGGGGAACAUCACCCACUACAGUUAG